CUGUCACCAAGUUAAGAUCGUAGUUUGUCAGAACAGGAGUUUAGUUUUUGUUUACUGUCUAGAAGUAGCUACAACUUAGGCAGAAGUGUGACAACUACAAGCGAACAAGGAGAAACCCGUCCGGUAUACAAUAAUACCACAGAAAUUUUGGUUGCUUACCGUAACCUACGUGAAGAAGAUGAGGAACAACUACUACAGCUCUAACCAAUAGCUGAACAACAAGAGCCCUCACCGCAAAGUGAGCGUGAUGAGAUGAACUUGUUGAUGUCCGAAGGUGAUGAGGGCUCUGGCGUUCUGCCGUUUCCGCCUUCCACGGUUAGCGGCUUCCUCGGACGGUGGUUCGACGAAACCGUUUUGGGGCUCCAGCAUGGCGAAGUUAGCGGCAACGUGAGACGUAUGGCACAUAGUGUAUCGAAUAGCGUCGAACAGCGGUCUGAGCAGUUGAUAAACCCAUUUGGCUGGUGUUUUUCUGCGCCACCUCAGAAAUAUCAUAUCCUGGACACUAUUGAUGAAGAUGCUGCAGAGGGAAGUGAGCAGGAUUUUGUGCAGGCAGGUGACCUGCUAGAGGAUCACGAACAGAAGAACACAUCGCCAAGAUCAAGAAUACCUUCUUCACCACCUGUUCCUGUAGAAGAGGAGGUUAAGAAUAUCCUCGUCGGUGUCGAGGGUAUCCACCAUGCUGCAACGCCAUCGGGGACGAGGUUAGCAUCUCCAGUAGGCUCAAACGCUUCCCGUAGCAGCUCUUCAUGCACUGGAGGUCGCAAAAGAUCGCGGUCACCAACUACGAGUGUAACUGCUGACGCUCCUGCAUCUCCUGAUGUUGACAGUCAGGCUCAAGAGGACAUGAAGGCGAAGUCUCAAUCUGGCAGAGGAGUGUGUACUCCUGUAGUAGAUGGACAUGGAGGAAUAUACGUGAUAACAACUGGUGUUGGGCUUGUUCUCACAGGAGUCGAGGAAAGUUCAAAUGAUCUAGCAGGUCUUGCUGUCAACAAGGAUCCCUCUGAUCCUGAAGAGCUACAACCACUAGAAGUAGGACUUCAUCUUCAGGCCCCAACAUCCUUCGUGCAACCUGAAGUAGUUGAAGAUGGCUACCAUGAGAUAGUUGAAAAUGUCGUCGAUGUUCU